AUGAAGACGGAGGCGGACGUUGCCUCGUUCCUGGGCACCGCAUCUUGUAUCAUCUACUCUCAGGCCUUUUCCACCAUCUCAAGUGUCAUUCCGGCGUUCUCGAAACGUGGAGACAUCAUUGUUGCGGAUAAAGGUGUUAACUUUGCCAUCCGGAAGGGCAUACAGAUUUCUCGUAGCAUGGUUCGUUGGUAUGAACAUAACGACAUGGAGGACCUGGAAAGAGUCCUUGCCAAGGUUACAAAAGAACAAGCCAGAAAACCCCUCACGAGACGUUUCAUCAUCACAGAGGACCAAAGUGAUCCAGCACCACUUUCAGGAGUCGCAGGCAAGCAUGAAAUCCCCAUCAAUGGCGAUCCCAAUAACCUCCCACCCUUGCUCCCAAUACCUGAUCCAGCCACACCCGACCUGGUACCCAGUCUCCCAAUAGAAGGCGGAUACGGCAUCUCAUACGCCCCCUACAACGAUGACGGCACCUGCCGAUCCCUCGACGGAAUCAACAAAGACCUGGACAAGAUAAGCGAACAUUAUAGCUACGUCCGCAUCUACGGCGUCGACUGUGACCAGACCCAAAACAUCGUAUCCGCAGCCCGCCAACGCAAUCUCCGCGUUUUCGCCGGCCUCUUUGACCUGCAGAACUUCCCAAACAGCCUCGACCAAAUCAUCUGGGCAGCAGCAGGAGACUGGUCCACCUUCCACACCAUCAGUAUCGGCAACGAACUCGUCAACAAAGGCCAAAAUCCGCAAGACGUAGUAACCGCCGUACACACCGCACGUGCCAAACUCCGCGCAGCAGGCUACCAAGGCCCCGUCGUAACAGUGGACACGUUCUCCGUCCUCCUCAAACACCCCCAACUCUGUGAAGCGUCCGACUAUUGCGCGGCCAACUGUCACGCCUUCUUCGACGCGAACCAAAUACCUGACAACGCGGGAAAAUACGCCCUCGAACAGGCCAAUCGUAUCUCGGCCGCAGCGGGCGGGAAACGCACCGUGAUCGCUGAAUCCGGCUGGCCGUACCGCGGUCAAGCAAAUGGUAAAGCUGUCCCCUCGGCCUGGAAUCAGGCCAUCGCUCUCUAUGCACUGGGGUACUCGUUCAGGGACCGAAAGGAUGAUAUGGUGCUUUUCUCGGCCUUCGAUGAUCUCUGGAAACAGGAUGGGCCUGGGACUCACGGCGCCGAGAAAUUCUGGGGUAUUAUGAGGCGCUGA